UUUCGAUUUUAGUUUUUUUUUUCAAUUUUUGACGAUCCCAGCUGCCGACCUUCCUCUCUAGUUUUGAUUUUUGAUCAGUUUUCUGUUGUUUUUCUUCCAAUUUUAGAAAUUUUAUAUUCGAGCUUAGGGGCUGUAGAAUAAGAAGUUGGUUAGAUGACGAUGGUUAACAUGGUUAACCUUACGACCGUCUUAUGCCACAAGUAAAACCCGCCGGUUGGUGGUUACCUAACCAGCAACCGAGAUCUUAUUAUCAGAUGUUUCAAAUUUACCCCUGCUUUUGAUUUAAAUUUAUUAUUUUUUUCAGACAAAAAGAAAAAUUUUUUAAUUACUAGAAUUGCUAAAAUUCUUCCUACAAAAUAAUUUAAAAGAACUUUUCUUCAUUUAAAACAAUAACAAAAAUGAAUUCCCCAAAUUUGCAACGUACAAGAGAAAGGAGAAGUAAAAUAAUUUUUAAAAGAUUGAGAAAAAAGAGAAGAAAAGAAGGGAAAGAAUUUAAUAAAAAAUUAAUAAUUAAAAAUAAAAGAAUAUUUUCAACAAAAAUAUUUUUAAUUUUAUUUUCAACAAUUUUAUUAAAUGAAUUUAUUUUAAAUAAUGUUGAGGCUAUUCGUUGUUAUUGUACAGAUGAACACUGUGUCCCUUAUGGUGUUUGUGAAUCAAAUGUUUGCUUGGUUGGAUUGCUUAGGGCGAAUAAUGCAGUAAUCAGAACGUGUGGCAGUCAAUCAUUAGGUUGUCAAAGAAAUGUGGAUAGAUGGAGCCAUUUAUGUUCUUGUGACGAAAAUUUUUGCAAUACUUUUUUAUUUCUCAAAGCAAAUACAAAUAUUGACGGGCCUAGAAAUCGUCUUUCAUUAGAAAACCCUUCAAAUAAACAGUCUGACUCGUCAGAUCAAAGAAUAUUUGAAAGAGUAGAUCAACCAUCUAGUGGAGAAUUUGCAACGUUUGACCAUCAAUUAGAUACUGAGCCAAUGCCAAUCAAAAAUUCUAACUUGCUCACUCUUCUGUUAGUCAUUGUCCCCCUCUCUGUUGGAGCUGCAGCGGUUGUUGUUGUUGCUAUUAAUUAUUAUUGUCAUCUUUGUUAAUUUUUGAUAUUUUUUGUAUAAGGUUUUUAUUAUUUCAACACUGCAAAGAAAUCCCGUGAUCCCUCUUAAAAUUGAAAAGAUGAAAAGUUUUGGGAAUAAAUAAAAAUUUUUCCCAAAAAUUAAAACGUCGGGCCUCACUUUUGCAACACUUCGUGCAG